AUGGACUCAUCCGAGUCCCAUCGCCGCCGCAAGAAAGAAAGAGAUCCCGAACGCGACCGCGAACGCACCAGCCCCAAGACCAAGGACCGCGAGCGAGAGCGGGACCGAGACAAGGACCGCGAGCGCCACAGCCACCGGAGCAGCAGGUCCCACAAGUCGCGCUCCUCGCUCCAGGACGACGACGCCGACCCGGAACGGCCCCAGCGCCCGUCGAGAGAGCGCGCCGGCACCUCGUCGUCGUCGCACACGUCGCGCUCGCUCCGCAUGGCCGUCGUGCCCGAGAUGGAGCGCCGCAGCUCCCUGGGCUCCGCCAACGCCUCGCGCUCCAGCCUGUCGUACCCCACCCUGUCCAAGACGCACGCCAAGGAGAACAUCUACUCACGCGAAGAGGCCGAGAGGAGGAGGGCUGACGACGCCGCCGUCGACCAUCUGUCCGACGACGACAGGCCGAGCCCGCCGCGGCCCACACGUGCUGCUCCGCCCCCACCUACAUAUGCUCCCCCUCUGCCGCCACGCUCGCCCAGCCCCCCGUCCAACGCCCCCACGGCCGCAGACCUGAGGAAGGCGGCCGUGCACAGGGAGAUGGAGGCCGGCAGGCGCAGUGUGGACAGCGGCACCCGUAUGACGUCCCAGUCCGUCUCGCGGGGGCCGUCUCGCUCGAGCAUUAGAGAAGACGCCCUCUACGACAGCACCGAGCUGACGUCGACGACGGGAUCCCAGCCCAGCACCGUCCGCGCACCCUCGCCCAAGCGAGCGACUGCCAGGACCAAAACAUCGAGCCCGUCAAAUGCCAACCCGUCCGCAAAGAGGUCGGCGACGAUCAAGGUCAGAAUGCGGCCAGCAGCGUCUGAAGUGACGCUGGAAUCAGAAGCCACCUCUGUCCAGCACCAUGAAUCAUCCCCCACCAACUCCGAGAUAUCCCCCUCGUCUGUCGUCGAUUCCUCCCCUCGCACACCCACCCAGCAUUCGGUACUCCCGUCUGUCAUGUCUGCCGCAAAGGAAAGACCAGGCACAGUCGAGUUCAUCGUAGACCCUACAUCGCGGGCGCAGUCGGUGAACCCAAGAUACUCUUCCGACUCUCACAUGCCCCCGCCGCCCCCACCGCCUCCGCCGCCGCCUCCUGCCAUGAUGGAUGCACCCCGCGUAGACUACCUGCUCCAAAACGGAGGUCUGCCUCGCGCAGUUCCGCGUAGUCUAUUGGCAGCUGUCGAGGGAUCCCCGGUUACAGCGUAUUCACACUACACUUCGCCUCGCGUCUCAGGAGCCCAAGGCCACGAUGUCCGCUCCAUAUACAGACCGCUGCAAAACGUGUUGAACAGCUACAACGCCGUCAUGGACUCGAGUGGCUCUCUCGCCGUCGCUACGGGCUACAGAUCGGUUGCACGUCGUCUUCUCGAUCGUCUUGAGAAUGUGUUUGCUCGUAACAUCUCCUCUGAGCAUUGCCAGUGUAUGAUGUGUUUCGACCAGCCACUCCCCGAAGAGGACGAGGGUGUCAACUGGGGCGAGAUCCUGGAGCUUGUCUCCGGACGAUGCGAACUCCCCGCAUGGCCCCCAUACGACGACCUCUCCUCUGGACUGGGUAUCUCGAGGCUCGAGGAUCCCUGCCAGCGCAUCGACAUCGACGUCCCCGAGCAGUACCGCGAGCACUACGAGAAGCAGUCCAAGAAGACAAAGGUCGCAGUCCAAUCGUGGCUGUCGGACCAACAAGACAACCUCCCAGAAGACGCUGACGACGAGACACUCACCUUCAUCAUGCUCACCCGCUUGGAACAGCCGCAGCGUCCGCUCUACUACGCCCUCCUCUGGGGCUUGGACAAGCUCCCUACCCCGCGCACACAGAAACCCGAAUCCGGCACGCCCCCCUACCUAAACCGAGCCGGCCUAGCCCUCCAGCGUCUCUACCGCCUGCACACCCCCCCACGCGACCAACUCACAGUCAUGUACCUAAUCCGCCACACAGACAUGCACAACAUGCUCGCCACCCUCGCCGCCGUCACGCGCCACGAGUGGGAAAUCCUCGUCUCAGGCCGCUUCGACGGCUUCCUCUGGUCCGGCGCAGAAGACUCCCCCGGCACGGGCUCCGGAAACACACCCCCCCGCAGCUCCUCCCGCGCAGGCCAAAUCCCCCCCUCAGACGGGCCCCAGCGCUUCACCUCUCCCAGCCCUUACUCCCGCCCGGGCUCCACACGCCCCGGAUCAACCCGCCCAGGCCCCGCCCCCGUGCAAAUGGACGAGGAGACCGAAAUCGCCGUCCUCGCGGAAAUCGAGCGCGAAAUUUACCUCGGCAUGGAGGCCAUGGAGGAUGCAUUCGAGCACCUGCACAACCAAGCUGAGCUCGUGCGGCGUCGCGCGUCGGGGCAGUGA